AUGCCUUGUUCUGAUAGUGUACCCCUAAAUAUCUCCGCCGGCCUAGUGUCGCCGCCAGAGGCAAAUUUUUCGUCUGAGGUGGGUGGACCGCAAGAGCAAGAUUCUACUGUGUAUAUCGUCCAGAUUGCCAGAGGCACAGAGCUCACGGAACUGACUUUUCUUGUGUUGCAAGGGAGUCAAGCCGAUCUCCGAUUUCCGAUUUCAACCAAAGCCCUGGUCGCGAUACGCCAAGCUGGAUUGAGAUUUCCUUUUCUAUGUGUCGGGGGGUCCUGGGGCUUGCCCUCAUCGGCUCUCAAAAUUUCCUCUGAUGCGUGUCAUUGGGCAUUCCCAUCGCGCAUUCCGUUAUCAGCGGCAAAAAUAGAGUCUGAACCCUUCAGUGAAGCUCUCCCGGAGCGGGUGAGCCGGACAUCUAGAACCGUACCCGCCUCCAUUCCGGUCCGGUGUGUCGGAUGCGACCCCAAGUCGGAGCGAGGCACCAACCGUCAUUCGCUGCCUUCAUACUUCGUCACCUUGUCGUCUUUCAGUGAACCGAUGGCCGGUUAUGCACUGAGAGCUGUCCCGAAGGCCAACAGUAUGUAUGCAUACCCCAGUAAAGCCGGGGAGUCGGCCAUAUCACCGAAAUGGAGUCUCUCGCUUCACAUUGAGGACAAUCAUUGGGCGGACGUAUGUUCCAUACCUGCAGAAUUAAGAGUUGUCAUCAGCGUCAGGAUCUUGGUUACAGGUAUGAGCUCUGCGGUCUAUGGUGAAAGGUCGCUGACGGUGGGCGGAGAGAUUGUGCCGACGCCAUUUUCCAUCGCCUGCUCUGACUUGGUAUCGACGUAG